AUGUUUAAUCCUCAAAUAGAUGAGAUCAAAAAUAUUAGAAAAACAAAAAUAAAGAAACAAGCACACCCAAUAAUGAUUUGUUACAAUAUUUAGACAAAAUUUCCUAUUGAAUUAACUUAAGUUUAAUAUACUGUUAAUAUCAAACCUGGUGUGGCAGUUGUGCAGAUUGAUCAAAUUUAUUCAACUGAGUAAAACAAAGAUCAAUGCGAAUUAGAAUACCUAUUUACAAUAGAUCAAAACUCUGCUGUAACUAAGAUGAUUGUAGAACUUGGAGAUUAAAAAGUUUAUGGAGUAAUAAAAGAAUUAGAGGAGGCAAAAAUAGAAUAUCAAAAGGGAAUAAAUGAAGGAAAGACAAUGGUUCUAAGCGAAGAGGAUUCAAAAAUAUCAAAUAUUAAAAAAGUAAAAAUUGGUUGUUUAAGUCCUGGUAAAUCUUUAAAGAUUUAAUUUGAAUACAUAUAACCUUUAUAGGUUUUUCUGAAUUAAUUUUGGAAAUUAGAAUUAUCACCAAUGGUUGAUGUAAGUUAUUUAACAGUUAAGGAAUUAGAGAAUAUUUCUUAAGAUUAUGCUUAAUAAUACUCUUUUGUGAAACAGUAUGUUGACACAAAAGCCAUUAAUUUAAAUUACAAGUAAAUCAUUACUAUAAAUAUUAACAUGGAAAAACCUAUUACGUAUGCUAAGUCUCCAACACACUCCAUAAUGUUGAAUUAUAAUAACGAUAGGAAAGAGAAAUAAAUUGAUUUGUAAACUCCGAUUUAGUAAUUGAUUAUUACUUUAAAUAUGAAUGAUCCAGAAAAUAUGGAACCAAAUAAAAAGUUUGAAUUAUUAUUUUCAUCAAAUGAAAUUAAUACUCCUUUUUCAAUGCUAAGUCAUACAAACAAUGACGCUUUAUAACAUAUCAAAUAUUGCGCUACUUUGACCCUCAUUCCAAAAUUCAAUGAAUUUCCAAUAGAUGAUGCUUAUCAAUCAUAUUUAAAUGGCUUAAACUUACCUUCACAGUCAAAGAUAUUAAAGGGCAGUUAUAUUUUUUUUAUUGAUCGUAGUGGUUCUAUGGGAGGAGUUAGAAUUCAAAAGGCUAAGCAAUCUCUAAUACUAUUUUUGAAGAGCCUUCCAGAAGAUUGUUCUUUUAACAUAAUUUCAUUUGGUAGUGAUAUUAGAAAAAUGUUUAACAUUCCAUAAGCAUACAAUUAACAAACAUUAAAUUAGGCAAUAUAAUAAGUUCAAGAAAUGGAUGCAGAUUUGGGUGGAACUGAUAUCUUUAAGGCAUUGGUCUAGGGCAUUUAUGAUGACAAUUAUUAAAAAAUCAAAGAUUACCCAGAAACUAUAAAUGCCUUUUUACUAACAGAUGGCGAGGAUUCACCAAACCGAAUCCUUGAAUUAGUUUAAGAAAACCAGAGACCUGAAACUCGUAUUUAUACAUUAGGUAUUGGGAAUAAUUGCAGUGAAUAUUUAGUAUAGAGAUUAGCUGAAGUUGGAAAUGGGAAAUGUUAAUUAGUAGGAGAUAAUGAGGAUAUUAAUUCGAAAGUCAUUGAUUUAUUAGAAGAUUCCCUAACUUAGUACUUAAAGGGAUUCGCAUUAGAACAUAAUAUAGACAAAGUUUCACAAAUUAUUCCUGAUCCAAAAUCAAUAACUUAAUUAAAAAAGAAUUAAGAAUUAACCUUACAAAUAUUAUUUUCAAAGAAGCAUAAAAAGGAAAAUUUAGAAUUCAAAAUUAACUGCUAUGAUCCACAAAUGAAUAAAAAAAUCUCAUUUGAAGUGAAAAUGAAUCUUAAAAGCUCCAUAGAGAAUGAAUAUUUCCAUAAAAUGGCUGCUCACAGAUUGAUACGGUAUUAUGAAAAAUCAGUCUCACAAUAAACCAAAAAAAUGGAUACGGUAAUGAUCAAUUAAAAGUGCAUCAAAGAUUUGGAUAUCAUAAAUUUAUCAUUGUAGAAUCAAAUUCUAUGUUCUAAAACAGCAUUUAUAUGCGAAGUUUGUUAGGAUGAAAAAAAUCUUUAAAAAUUGAUCAAGAAAAAGCUUGCGAUUGAAAAAAGACAAUAUGAAGAUGAUUAUGAUGAUGAUGAUUACCCUACAAAAAGAUGUAAAACAAAAUUAGUACAGAAAUCAUAUGAUUGUCAAAAUCAAAUAAAAAAAAUUGGAAAAAAAAGUGCUAGAUGUUCGAGAAUGAAAUCGGAUAUUAGUAGAGAUUAUUACUAAAAUUGCUCAAUUGAAAAUGAGGAUUUAGAACUAUGCAAUUACUCAAAUGUAGGUAUAGAUUUAGAACAACCCUGUUGCUUAAUUUAAAGAUAAGGUUUAGAAUUACGCAUGAAUUCAUCUGAAUCAUUAAAAAAGGAUUAAAAAUAGCCCAAUAAAUUUCUUCCCAAAUAAAGUAUCUAAUGCUUUCUAAGGCCUAAAAUUAUUUAUGAGGAUACGCAAAAGCUAUCAUAUCUUGAAUUAAUUGACUGCAUAUAGGCAAACGGUUGUUUCCUUUUAGAAAUUCAUAUUGAAGAAUAACUAAAAUUAGGCAAAAUAGAUAAUAAAUAUCAUAUAGAUGAUCCUUGUUGGUCAACAGUGGUUUCUCUUUUUUAUUUAGAGUUAUUUUGUCAGGGUUUUAAGAGCUCCUGGUAAUUAAUUUAUAAUAAAGCCAUAAAUUACUUAUAAAAGAAAGGAGUAAAUUAUUUUUAGAUAAAAACAGAAUGCAUUUCAGAUUAUGGAAAAUUUUUUAGGAAUUGA